AUGGAGGCUCUGUACGUCUGCUGUAAUCCGGCGGCCUCCCUCCGUCCUCCCCUCGCUCCGCCUCACCUCAGCUCUCCUCUUCCCCCUGUUUCGGGUCGACUGGUAGCCGUCGGCGCCUCGCAGAGCAGUGGAAGACGUGGGAGCGUCGUCGGGUCCGCAGUCUCCUCCUCCUCCUCCUCCUCCCAUUCCAAUCCCAACAUCGUCAAGUCCACCCGCGUGUUGCCGUACCGCCGCCGCGCGUCUGCUUACGGAGAAGAAGACGAUGAUGACGAGGAGGGGGAAGAUGAAGAAGAGGACGAGGAAGAGGAAACGGAUUCAGAGUACUCCUCGGACGUGAGUCUCCCUAAUUUUUUGCCGCAUUCUAGGAAGUCGCCUGAGUGUUUAUUACGUUCGGUUGGUGAAAAAUAGAAGAAUUUUUGUUCGCUGCCUUUAGUUUGCGCAUUCGAAACUAAAUUACGGCUAUUACUCGAGCGCAGUUACUGUGUAACGGGAAUUUUCUGUUGAACAUGAUUUCUGAACCAACUGGAUGUCUCUGUUGAUGUCCGCAUGGCAGUAAAUGACUGUAACUCUGAACCUUACGUGUUGUCUUCAGCGCCAUAGUCUACCUUAAUAUCUGAGAGCCUCUCAAUCUGUGUACUUCGAGUUCUUCGAAAUUCAUCUUUAUGAUCAAUUUUUUUAGCCUAAUGAAAUUUGGAUGCCGAAAAAUAUCAUAAAAGAAAAAAGGGCGCUAGGUUAUCUAGAUAUGCAAUUGGUGAUAAUUACUUUUGAUUGCCAUCCGGCAGCUAAUGCAAAAGUCGUUUGAGAUUCUUUAAUGGAAAUAACGGGUGGGUGAUAGAAGUGAAGAACAAAAGUCUCCGUUACUUGAUGGUCAGCUGAUUGGCUUCCAGUUAUGAAGAACUAAUUGGGUGGGAUGGAAAAUACUUUCUCCAUUCCACACGGGGCAGAUUGGAUUUAUGUCCGCCAGUAAUACGAAGGUGAAUCUGCAUUUAAAUGCUUUAUUAAAGUAGACACAAAUAUGAGCUCUGUCAGUACGUAGACCAAGCUUCAUUUCAUCCUCCAUAGCCUUUGGGUUGGCGUGGAUAGCUUUAUGUGAUCUUUUUGGCACCAAUCUUUCUGCUUUCAAAUUUGUUGUUAUUGCCAAUCGGUAUACUUACUUUUGUUGAUUUUGAACACACGUUGAUAUUCAUAUCUCACAGGAUGAAUCCUCAGAUACAAAAGUUUCUCAGGGUGGCCGACGUUCUGAUCGGAAGCAGUUUAGUGCCUAUAUGAUAAAUCAACGUGGUGGAAACUCAGGUAUCCCUUCUGGUGAUAAAAAAAUAACCAAACCGACUCUAGACUCCUAAAUAUUUUAAGUGACAAGCAAUUCAUUGACUUUGUAAUUUGCUAAAUUUGAUGCAGUUCAUAAGAAAUUAUUUAGAAAAGAACAAGAAGAAAGACGCUUAUUGACUAAAGAAAGUUUGAAACUUGGCAACGACUCCAAGGAUACAAUGGAUGUAAGCAGUUACAUGGACGGGGGCAUGGGAGAAAAGGUAUUUUAUCGACAACUAGUUCUAUUUAUAUUUAAAUUAUUUUUCUGACUAUAGAAUUCGUCAACAGUCUUUGUUUCUUUUUCACUGGUGAAUACAGGAGAGGAAUGCAAAGGCUUCAAAAAUUACUUUAUCAAAAUUAAGAGAUGAGCUAGAUUUUGAUGUCAGAUGGUUCCCACUCAUUGAGUAUCUAAGCACGUUUGGCAUUAAGGAAUCACACAUUAUUUCCAUCUACGAAAGGCACAUGCCUUGCCUCCAGAUGAACGUGGCAUCUGCCAAGGAAAGAUUGGAGUACUUGAUGAGUGUUGGCGUCAAACAUAGAGACAUAAGAAAGAUACUUCUCAGACAGCCACAAAUUUUGGAGUACACUGUGGAGAACAAUCUUAAGGUUCAUGUUGCUUUCCUGGAAAGUUUAGGGGUUCCUGAUUCACGAAUAGGGCAUAUAAUUACUGCUGCUCCAUCUUUAUUUUCGUAUAAUGUUGAGCAAUCAUUGAAGCCGACGAUCAGAUAUUUGGUGGAAGAAGUUGGUAUUAGGAGAAGUGACGUGAGCAAAGUGGUGCAGCUAAGCCCGCAGAUUCUGGUUCAGCGCAUUGAAAAUUCAUGGAACCUGCGCCUCAACUUUCUUUCCAAAGAAUUAGGGGCACCAAGAGAUAGUAUUGUAAAGAUGGUCAGGAAACAUCCUCAGCUCCUCCACUAUAGCAUCGAGGAUGGAAUACUACCAAGAAUAAAUUUUCUAAGGAGCAUUGGGAUGCGUAAUUCUGAAAUCGUGAAAGUAUUGACAAGUCUCACUCAGGUUGUGUUUUUUCUCCCUACUUAAUUUUUUUGGCCUUUUCAUGUAUUUUUUCUCUUAACCUGGUGUUUUUUGCAGGUGCUAUCCUUAUCAUUGGAGGGGAACCUGAAGCCGAAGUAUCUAUACCUGGUUAAUGAACUUCGCAAUGAAGUGAAGUCCUUAACCAAGUAUCCCAUGUAUUUGAGCUUGUCUCUGGAUCAGAGAAUACGUCCUCGCCACAGAUUUCUUGUCUCCCUGAAGAAGGCUCCGAAGGGGCCAUUCCCUCUUAGUUCUUUGGUUCCCACAGACGAGUCCUUUUGUCAGCAAUGGGCUGGAACAAGUUUAGACAAAUAUUUGGCAUUUAGACAGACUUUACUCCUUAAUGAUUUUGCUAAGAAGUAUGAGAGAAGAUGA